CACCUGCACUGGACAAGAGAGCAAGUGUCAAUUUUUAAUAGGGAUAUAAGAGGCAAAUAGUCAUAGACAACCAAAUUCAACUUCUGCAGAGCACCAGCUGGUCCUGAACUUGAAAGCAGGAGAGGAGAGGGAAGAGGUGCUGGACAGCAAAAAGGAGCAGAGAAAAGUGACUGGAAUGAUAAAAUGAGAAGUAGGCAUGCGCUGUUGAAGCUUUUUCUCAAUGAGGCCCUUGUGGAACUUGUGCUUGUGUUGUGGCUGGCUUCGAGUGUCCUGGCCGUGUGUCCCUCCGUGUGCUCCUGCAGCCGCAGCCACAGAGAGGCAGACUGCUCCUGGAAGGGUCUGAGGCAGCUACCUGAUGGUUUGCAGCAUAAUCUACGAUCCCUCAACUUGUCCCACAACAGAUUUCACAACCUUGAUGGUGAACUAACUCCGUACACCCACCUCCGCAUUCUUGAUGUGUCUCACAACAGGCUGAGCUGGCUACCCAAGGAGUUGCCUCGCUCCCUUUGGCAGCUCCAUGCUGCCUUCAACCGUAUGCAGCUGUUGGACAAAAAUGACACGGCCUACCAGUGGAAUCUGAGAAUACUCGACCUCUCAAAUAACAAGCUGGAGAGAGCCAUCUUCAUCAAUAACACUCUAACUAAUCUGUGCAGACUCAACCUCAGCCACAAUAACUUCUGGACUUUGCCCACUAACCUGCCAACACACCUGGAAACCAUUGACCUGUCUCAUAACCUGCUUGUAAAGGUGCUUCCAGGCUCUCUAGACAGACUCCCUGUGCUAACUCACUUCUACCUCCAUGCAAACCGGUUUUCCUCGCUGCCCUUUGGAGUGUUAGACAAACUGACAUCACUUCGAAUCAUCACUUUAAGCAACAACCCAUGGGCCUGCCACCUUUAUGCCGACAUCAACUACUUAAUGUUGUGGAGUCAGCGCAGCUCUGCACAGGUCCUUGGAUGCCCAUGCCACACCCAGCCUAUAUGUGGAGGUGUGCGCCCCAGCAGGACGGGAGGGUGGCACUUUGCCUCCUACAACUUGCCCCCUCUGGCUGCCAGCGCUUCCCUGCCUCCUGAAGGUAGCGUUACCGGGUGGUGGUACCUUUCCAUUUCUGCUCUGCUUAGCACACCUUACACCCAGAGGGAGACAGAGGACCACACCUUCACAGCCACUCCCAUCAGCAUUUCCACCCUAACCACGAGCCUCCACCUAACAAUUAAUCACCUGCCUGCAACUGCCAGCCCAGCCACCAUAAAUCACCUCAUCUCUGGCACAAAGGAAACGUCCCCUUCUGACUCUCUCCACACCACAGAUUCAUCCUAUUUCUCUGACAAAAGUCUCAUUACUGAAACAUCCGAGGCGAAUGGCAUGGUGCUGGCCACAGAUCGAUUCUUUACAACAGAGAGCCCCUCCAUCCAUACAAAGAAGACAACCACUCUUCGUACCAGGAGUGUGAGAAGGCAGAAUCAACCACUUCCUGGCAGCAUCAGCAGUGGCAGCUCUGCUCUCACUACAUGCUCCUUUCUCCUUGUUCUACACAACUUGGGGCUUCUGUCUCUUAUAGUGCCUCAAGUCUUCUGAAGAUAAAUGAAAAAUCACUAACAACUGACUAUUUAUAGCACAAAUACGGUUUGAUAGUUGCAAAACCAUUAUAUCCAAGCUACAGUGUUUCCAAAAAGGUUUGGUAGCUGUGAGUUAAAACAGAAUAAAAUGGUCCAUAAAUCAUUUCAUCCCUACAUUUAAGCACUACAGUACAGCAUCAUGUUUUCCAUAAAGUUGGGACGGAGUGCUUAUUGCUGUGUUAUAUCACAACUUCUUUUAACAACACUUUUGAAACCAAUUGCUGUGUUUUUAAAAGCAAAAAAUAUUUUCUUAUUUUUCCUUUACUUAGUAUUUCCCUCUCUCUCAACAGUUCAAGGCCUCCUUUCUUGUCAUUUUUGUUUCAAAGUGCUCAAAAUGUUUUCAGUGGGGUGACAGCUCUUGACUGCAGGGAGGCCAGUAAAGUGCUUGGACUAUUUCAGAGAUCUUGUCAUUUGUGCAGCACUUGUCAGACAUUGCUUUGCCAAACAAACCAGGUGUGUCCUGAAAAGAACACCAUCUAAGUGUCAGCAUUUAUUAACCAAAAACCAGAACAUUUUGUUCAGCAUUGAUGGUGCCAGUCACAGAUGUGUAAGGCACUCAGUCCAUGUUCAGACACUCCUAGCAUCAUGAUGGCAAGCUUUUGGUCUGUGUGCGUAAAAA